UUGAGCUCAAAAGAGCCCCAGCCUCAGUGAGCUGCUGGGAGCCAACGCAGCAGGACCCUGCUCCAUUCCACAGGCCCUGCCACGGCUGGGUGCAGCCAUGGAUGGGACACCGCCGAGCAGCACAUAACCUCAACCCUGUGCAUCUCAACCCUGUGGCCGCAAAGAGCUUUUUGAAGCAGCACUCUGAAAGUCACACAUCUGUCAGAUUAAGGUUUUCCUGGAAGCCCAGAUAAGAACACAACCAACAAUAAAAUGAAAAAACUGUGCAGCUGAAGAACUGAAGAAGCAUUUUUCUACUUGGUGAAAAUGCCUGUUAUUUUUUGACAACGAUUAAAGAACAAUGGGGUCAAACACACUUGGGAAGGCUGCAACAUUAGAUGAGCUUUUGAACGCUUGUAUUGAAAUGUUUGAUGACAGAGGAAAUCAAUGCUCCAGCCAUUUGCCGAGAAUCUUUCUUCUAAUGCAUCGCUGGUACCUGCCUUCCACAGAGCUGGCUGUCAAGCUUCUGUCUACAUAUAGAGAUGCCAGUGGGGAGAACUGCAAUGAAUUCAGACUAAAAAUCUGCUACUUCAUGAGAUACUGGAUUCUGGAAUUUCCUGCAGAAUUUAACUUGGAUCUCGGGCUGAUUCGUUUGACUGAAGAAUUUCGAGAAUUAGCCAGCCAGCUUGGCUAUGAGGAUCACAUCGAUCUCAUUGAUAUCUCCAGCAUACCUUCCUAUGACUGGAUGAGAAGAGUUACACAAAGGAAGAAGAUUUCUAAGAAAGGAAAAGCCUGCCUACUUUUUGAUCAUCUGGAGCCCAUUGAACUAGCUGAACAUCUCACUUUUCUGGAGCAUAAAUCUUUUAGGAGAAUUUCUUUCACAGACUACCAAAGCUAUGUGAUCCAUGGCUGCCUGGAGAACAAUCCUACUUUGGAGAGAUCUAUUGCUUUGUUUAAUGGUAUCUCCAAGUGGGUCCAGCUCAUGGUUCUCAGCAAGCCGACACCCCUGCAAAGGGCAGAAGUGAUCACGAAGUUUAUCAAUGUUGCACAGAAACUCCUUCAUCUCCAGAACUUCAACACACUGAUGGCAGUUGUGGGAGGUCUUAGCCAUAGCUCUAUUUCUCGCCUGAAAGAGACUCAUUCUCAUCUGUCUUCGGAAGUCACAAAGGACUGGAAUGAAAUGACAGAGCUGGUCUCUUCCAAUGGAAACUACUGCAACUACCGCAAGGCUUUUGCUGACUGUGUUGGCUUCAAAAUUCCUAUUUUAGGAGUUCAUUUGAAAGACUUGAUUGCUGUCCAUGUCAUUUUUCCUGACUGGAUAGAUGAAAAUAAAGUAAACAUAGUGAAAAUGCAGCAGCUUUCCAUCACCUUGAACGAACUGGUUUCCCUGCAAACUGCUUCUCAUCACUUAGAGCCUAAUAUGGAUUUAAUUAACCUGCUAACACUGUCCCUGGACCUCUAUCACACUGAGGAUGACAUCUACAAGCUCUCACUGGUGCUAGAACCAAGGAACUCCAAAUCUCAGCCUACCUCCCCAACAACCCCAAGCAAACCAGUGGUGCCACUGGAGUGGGCAUCUGGAGUGGUACCUAAGCCUGACCCAACCGUCAUCAACAAGCACAUAAGAAAGUUAGUGGAUUCUGUCUUUAGAAACUAUGAUCAUGACCAUGAUGGCUACAUUUCUCAGGAAGACUUUGAAAGUAUAGCUGCAAACUUCCCCUUCUUGGACUCUUUCUGUGUGUUGGACAAAGACCAAGAUGGACUCAUAAGCAAAGAAGAAAUGAUGGCUUAUUUUCUGAGAGCUAAAUCCCAGUUCCAGUGUAAAAUGGGACCUGGGUUUAUUCACAACUUCCAGGAGAUGACCUAUCUUAAGCCAACUUUCUGUGAACACUGCGCAGGUUUUCUGCUGAUCAAGGCUGGGGAAGAAGGAAUUCUGCCCAUUUCCACUGGAACUGCAGAAGCCUCAAAGACGACAGUCAGUGCUGAUUCAGAAGCCUGCAGGCAGGCUCUGCAGCUCCACUCCAGAAGAAAGAACAUUGGGAACUGGCCUGAGCCUAUUGUUUUGGGCUGCCUGUUGCCUUAGGAAGACAUCAUUGCAUUCGUGACACUUAGUUCAUGCUUGGAAGGCUUCCGUCGCCAAGUUGGGCUGAGGAGUGUCCUGCAAUGUCCUCUUUACCAGAUAUUUUUCUCCCUUAUCAGUUUGCUUGCUGGCUUUUUCCAUGUCUUCAUGAUUACAACUGGCACAGGAAUAAAAAUAAGUAAGGGAUUGGGGAGGAAAUGGAAAUAAGGUCAUUUUUCCUGCCAGCUCACUGCAUUCACUAGCAUUGUCCUGUGGAUGAGCUGGGCUGACAGGACAGGCACCAGCCACUGUGUGUUUGUUGUGCAUUUCAGCACUGUCCAACCAACCAUGGGUGGAAACUGUUUUGAACUGAUGCAGUGAUUCACCGUCAAAAAAAUGUGAACUGACCAUGCAGCAGGAUGAAUGGAUGUGACAGCACACUGGCUCCAUUACCAGUCAAACAUCUAAUAUUAAAACAAGAUGAACUUUAAAGGUCAAGCUACAAUCUAAUGCCAUUCACAGAGUGAAAUCAAUACUCUCGCUACCAGUCUCAGUUCCGACCCACAGCUUGCCUUGCACCCCACGUCAGGGUGAGUGAGCAGCCAUCCCCUCCAGCUUGGCCGUCCAUAUUUGCACAGAUCCUCUUACCCUGGGCCUGGCUGAAGGCAGCUUUGUCAUAGAGCCGUGUCAGGUGGAUUCAAAGUUUUAGGUCAGGAUUCAUGUUACAUUAAGGAGAAAGCUCUCCAGAGGGAACAGAGCGGAGCUUUGACAACAGGAAAAGUAAUCCACACCCCAUCAAGUGGAUCUGGCAAAGAGCUGGGGAAAGCAUAGCCAGGGGUGGCUUUUCCAGGAGGGGCCAACCACAGCUCCACAGUCACUGCACAUCUACAGCAUCUGCAGGAAAAGACCAGCUUGGUAGCCUUCUGCAAAGGAGGGAUGGCAGUAGUAGAUGAAGAGCAACUCAUGUAAUCUACCUGGACUUCAGCAAGGCUUUUUAUAUGGUUCCACAAAAUAUCCUUGUCUCUAAUUGGAAAAACAUAAGCAGUUCUGUCUUACACAAUAUGCAAGGUUUUUUUACUCUUUCUUUUGUGCUCCAUAAGGACUGUGACUCUUCCUGUUGACCAUUCUUUUACUCAGCACAUUUCUCCCACACACUGCAUACUUUCAUAGAGGAGCCACAUGCGGCUUCAACUGUCUAGUUGUGCUUACCUUCGCUAUUUAUGUUUUGAGGGAAUUCAGGAUAAAUAAACACUGCAGUCUCUCAUCUUUUUCCUUUAGAACUGGACUAUACUCUCCUC